CACCUCUUGUGCGCGACGAUUCCACGGUGAAAGAUUUAUUACAUUGUAAGCGGAAAAGUGGCUGCCGAGAAAUGACAGGCGACGAAGUUCUAUCGCUGCAAGCUUUUCGUGUAACCACCAUGUAGGAUGGGCUUUUGUACUCCAAAUACAGUGUAUGAUUUAUGCAGAAAGAGGAUUCAGUAUUGAACUUGAUUGAUGCAAAGAAGUAAGGCCUAACCUAGAGAGUAUUACUACAAAGUCAGAUAUGGCAGAUGACGAAAGUGCAGUAUCUGUGGCUGUUAGAAUUCGACCUCAGUUGGCGAAGGAAAAAAUCAGUAUGUGUCGGGUAUGUGUUUCUAUCACUCCUGGACUGCCACAAGUCGUCCUUGGACCUGAACGAAUGUUCACCUAUGACAGCGUGUUUAGCAUGGACAGUACACAAGAGAGUCUUUACAACUCAACAGUACAUCGCCUAAUUGAAGGGUGUUUUGAAGGAUACAAUGCCACUGUGUUUGCCUAUGGUCAGACAGGGUCUGGAAAGACUUACUCGAUGGGUACAGGAUUCGAACAAGGUAUCACAGAAGAGCAACAAGGUAUCAUACCUAGGGCAGUGCGUCAUUUGUUCAUGGGGAUCGAAGCUAGAAAAACGGCAGCAAAAGAACGAAAUGAGCCGCCCCCAGAAUUCAAGAUCUAUGCUGAAUUUAUGGAGCUCUAUAAUGAAGAAAUCAUUGACUUAUUUGACACAACAAGAGACAUUGAAACCACAAGGAAUAGAAAAUCCCAUAUACGAAUUCAUGAAGACGCCACUGGUGGAAUAUACGUUGUAGGUGCUACCACACGCCCCGUAACCUCUGAACAGGACACACUGCAAGCACUACAGGCAGGGGCAUUGUCAAGGACGACUGCAUGUACAAACAUGAAUGCGCAAAGUUCACGAUCUCACGCCAUAUUCACGCUACAUGUGAAACAACAGAGACUUGUAAACGUGAACAAUAAUGUUGAAAAUGGAGAGGAAAUUUCUCCAGCUGCACCGCAGACGGAUUCACCCGAUAAUGUUGGACUUCAUGAGUUUGAGACAUUAACUGCUAAGUUCCAUUUUGUGGAUCUUGCGGGCUCUGAGAGGUUGAAACGAACAGGAGCAACGGGAGAUCGAGCCAAGGAAGGAAUAUCAAUUAAUUGUGGAUUACUUGCAUUAGGGAAUGUAAUAAGUGCUCUUGGUGACAGGAGCAAGAAAGCAACUCAUGUGCCGUACAGAGAUUCCAAACUCACCAGAUUAUUACAAGACUCACUUGGUGGAAACAGUCGAACACUGAUGAUAGCUUGUGUAAGUCCCUCUGAUCCUGACUUUAUGGAGACAUUAAACACGUUACGAUAUGCCAACAGGGCACGUAACAUUAAGAAUAAAGUUGUGGCCAACCAAGACAAGACAAGUAGGCAGUUAGCGGCAUUGCGGGCUGAGAUUCGUAUGCUUCAGGAUGAGCUGAUGGAGUACAAACAGGGUAAAAGACAAUUAAAUGCUGAUGGUGUUGAAGAGAUUAAUGAUUUGUUCCAUGAAAAUACAAUGCUGCAAACGGAAAUCAACAAAUUGAGGGAACGUGUACGUGCCAUGCAAGAGACCAUUGAUGCAAUGAGUUCACGCAUUGCUUUAAUGAUGGCGGACCAAGCAAGGUUUCAACUAAAUAACAUAACAAAUUCAGAAGGAGAAGAUGAUGGAAUAACGUCCAUGAUCCAAAACUAUUUACAGGAAAUUGAAGAUUUGAGGGCAAAGCUAAUUCAAAGUGAGACAAUGAUGACAAACAUGAAGAGGCGGGCUGAUUCCUCCCUUUCACAUUCAACUAAGUCACCUUCCAGACUUUCCACGGCAUGGUCGAUGCACCCACACGUCUCAGACUCCCGGCAUGAGUAUAAUGAUCCAUUAGAUUGUAGUGUACAGCAAGUGAUAGCGGUGGCCAGGAAACAGUUAGAACAUGACCAAGAAAAACUGCGCCAAGUUGAAGAGGCUAGCAGCCAUCAAAAGCAAAGGCACCUCAGCGGUAGUCAUGGGCAUUCUGAUGCAGAACCUCUGGAAGCAGAAAUGGAGGUCACAAAUGAUGUUGCCCUGCAUCAAACAGGAGAAGACGAGGAGAAUGAUGAAGAUGAUGCAAAAGAGAUGAGUGGAGACUCUGAUUUAGAUGAGGAUGAGGAUGAAGAUGACGAUGAAGAAGAUGAACAGGAGCAAGCUGAAGUAAAAUUGCAGGAAGACCUGGCCGAGAUUGCGUGCGAGAUCACCGUAAAGCAGAAACUAAUCGAAGAAUUAGAAAUGAGUCAACGAAGAUUGCACACGCUUAAGGUUCAGUAUGAGGAGAAGCUUAACACUUUGUUAGACCGAAUAAAAGAAACUGAGAAAGAACGGGAUGAUGUCUUAACUAAUCUAGUGAAAAAGAAAGGAUCAAUGACGGAAUCAAGAACUCAAGAGAAAGCAGCAAAGAUUAAAGCAGAGUAUGAAAUUAAGUUAAAGAAGUUAGCAAAAGAGAAAGACCGCCUUUUGAAAGGACAGAAGGAACACUCUAGGCUCCUUAGAAACAAAACUCAAUAUGAAAAGCAAAUGCGAAGUUUGCAAACAGAUUUAGCUGAAAUGAAGAAAUUGAAGGUUAAACUUAUGAAACAAAUCCGGGAAGAGCAGCAGAACAGCCGAUUACGGGAAGGCAAAUCAAAUCGAGAAAUUCAGCAACUUAAAAAAAGUGAAAGGAAGAAAGAAAAUCUAAUAAAGAAUCUAGAAGCCAAAGCAAGGACGAGGGAGAUAGUUCUUAAGCGUAGACAGGAAGAACUUUCAAUGCUGCGGAAGCAAAAGAGGCCGAUGUCUGAUAAGGCUGCAGGACGUUUACGUACUGCAAGAACUGUUAGUGCUCAAAAUGGAAAAGUCAGUGGCAUGGACUCGAAAGAGAGCACUAAGCUACCAGUGAGUAUGUCAGGUCCACGAAGACAUACAAGGAAAGGCACCAGCCAGUACUCAUCGAAAGUGGCACGUACAAAAUGGCAGAACGUUGAGAGGAAGAUAAGUAACGUUGUGACCCGUAAACAGACUGUGAGCCACAUGGAAAGUGACAUGGAGAGAUUUUUACGUCACCGUCAGAAACUGGACAAGAAGUUGGACAAGUACACUACUAAGCGAGAUGACGCUGUCAGAGAUGGUAAAGAUCCCAAAGAAGUUCAAGAUCUUACAGAUCAAAUUGGAACUGUUCAAGCCAACAUUGAUUACGUCCAAGAACAAAUAUCAGAAUGCCAAAGUAAUAUAAUGGAGAUGAUGGAGAACAGGGACGAUGGAGAGACUCAGGUGAUAAGUGAUGUAAUAGAAUCCUGCAACCUGUUGGAAGCCAAGUACCUUUUGGAGCAUUUCCUCACUCUAUCAAUCAACACUGGUUUAGUGGCAGCACAGCGAGAGUCCACGAUCCGUGAGCUGGAUGCUAAGCUACAUCAAGUUGAGCAGAACAGCUUUGUACAGCAACAGCUGCUACAACAUGUAAUCUCAGAUCAACAAGGAAUGGAUAUUGAGGUGGAGGGUCUGUUCACACAGCCUGAAGCUUAUGGCACAAGUAGUUCUGAAAGUUCGAGAGCAUCUUCCCCAGUUGACUCAAGUACUAGUAGUCAGAAUGUGUUGCCAGUGAUAAAUAAUGGCCUGCCACCAACUGACGUGCCAUUGCAGCCGACUAAGGUAAAGGAUAAGGCUCGAAGACGAACAGCCACACAGGAGGAGCUGUUAUAUGCAGGCCAGAAAGAUAACCCAGAUGCUACACCUCUGAUCACCUUGCCAGAGAAGGUUCUAUCAUCCCCUGAUGACAACAGCAGUGCUUCAGAUUCUGCCAUCAUGCCGCCUCCCAGGACAGUUCCUACUAAGAGGGACUCUUUUGGAAAAAGUGACAAGUCAUCCUCAGCCACACGGAGCUUAGCAAGUAGAAGACAAUCCAAUGAGGGUAUGCCCACUCGGAGUGGCCAUGCAGAUGCUUCCCCAGCCAUUAGGAGGAAAGGCAUCCCCCAACCUCAGGUUAUUAAUACAGUCAGCACUGAAACUGUUCCUAUCAUCACCCCUCCUGGUUCACCACCCCAAACGAGACGUUCUUCAGAGCAGAAUGUCUUUUCACGGUUAUACGCUCAAACGAGUUCACCCGCCCAGGGCACGGUCGACAGGCUAGGGAUUGAGCAUGGUGUACAGCGUAUGUGUGGUAGAUCUUCACCCACGCCAACUACACAGUCAAAGUCUCCACCUUUUGAUGCACAUAGCUGUGCUGCUCGUCUUGUGCAACGGGCAGCUUCCCCUACUCCCAGGGCAGCCUCCCCAACUCCUAGGUCAGCACAAGUGGUGGAGCAGCACCUGUGUUCCGCCCGUUUGUCACAGAGGGCCGGUUCACCAACACCUCCUGCAGCCGAGAAGGGUAGCAUUAAUCCAGUUAGUGUGACCAAUAAACCACAAGGUCAGAAAGCACCUUUGAUUUGUUCCUACACUGCAGAAGGGCAUACCAAAGCAGUGUUGUCAGUCCAAGCCACUGAGGAUAUGCUGUUCAGUGGCUCAAAAGACCGCACUGUGAAAGUUUGGAACUUGGAGACUGGUCAGGAAUUGUUAACACUUGGCGGUCAUCCGAAUAAUGUGAUAUCUGUGCAUUACUGUAAGAAUCUGCAGCUGGUGUUCAGUGUCUCAACAUCAUAUAUUAAAGUAUGGGACAUUAGGGAAAAUAGUGGAAAAUGCAUCAAAACCCUCAGUUCAUCUGGACUUGUCACCACUAACAAUGUAGCCACUAGCAGUACCAGAUCUGUAGCAGUGCCAACUGGUGAAAAUCUAAUAAACGACAUCGCUAUCAAUAGCGCCGGUACACAGCUAUAUUCAGCUGCUAGCAACAUUGUCCGUGUCUGGGACCUCAACAGCUUUCAAGCUACUUGCAAGCUUAGUGGUGGUCACUCAGCAGCUGUAAUGUGUAUAGGAGUGGAGGCCCAAGAAAACAACAGCAAUAUGAUAAUAACAGGAUCUAAAGACCACUAUAUUAAGUUAUUUGAAGUGCCUGAAGGGGCCUCAGGUCUGAUCACCCCAAAACACAACCUAGAUCCACCACAUUUUGACGGUGUCCAGUCACUGGCUGUCAGCGGUAGUUGCCUAUUCAGUGGAUCAAGGGACACAUGUAUAAAGAAGUGGGAUCUUGAGAAGCAAAUACUACAAAAGUCUGUCCAUGCAGCACAUAAAGAUUGGAUAUGUGCUCUAGACUUCCUUCCAGGCAAGGAUUGUCUACUAAGUGGCUGCAGAGGAGGCCAGCUCAAGUUGUGGAACAUUAAUGAUUGUUCUCAAAUUGGUGAGAUGAAGGCUCACUCGAGCCCUAUCAACAGCAUAGCAACCAAUUCAACUCAUGUCUUUACAGCUUCUAGUAAUAUAAAAGCUUGGAGAAUUUUAUCUCCACGAAAUGGGUCACUGGGGCAUUGGCAGACUAUCGCAAAUCUAAAUAGACCAUGUUCUUGCAUUUCAUUUUGUAGACAUAAGAAAAACUAUUUAAGUAUCUAAAUAGUAUUAUUGAAUAUUAAGUAAUUAUAUAAUAUAUUGUUUAUUAAUUAAAUAGAUUACAGAAAAUAGUAAAUUUGGCAAAAUUCUGACAGUUGAUAAUUUUCUUGACGACUGGUGCUUUCCAUAUAUUUAUUUAAUAUUAAUUUGUGUUUUUACUGCAUAACUCACAUAAUUAUCUUGCUAACAUAUUGCAUUUUGCUACUGAUUUUAAAGGUGAUUUGAAUCUAAUAUAAUAAAUUACAUUUUCUUUCACUUUUUUUUUUCAUUUUAACCAUAUAAAUAUUAAAGUAAACUACCUGUAUAUAAAAAUUUAGAAUACAGCUGUAGCUUGGUAGUUAAGAUGCUUGCCUUCCUAUUUCAGAAUCCUAAGUUUAAAUCUUUAGUUGAGAAACAGCAUAGUGUAUAGAAAAUCUUGUACAUCCUGUUUGCAAUUAUAUGCAGGAUGAGAAUAAAAUUUCCAAAAUAUGAAAAAAAAUUCACAACUUGUCAUAAAAAAGAAAACUCAGAAAAUCCAAUUUAAAGCAUUGAAUAGCAUGUUUAAAAGGAUCAAUUCUAAUUUAUUAAUUUUAAAGGCAAAAGACAAUUUAAUGGUGGUUCAUUAUAGAUGUUUUACUUCAAAAAAAUUGAAAGGUGCAAAGGAAUAUAUUAUUUAUAUAUACUGAGGAUAUGCUUUAAUCCUAAUUUUAAAUUGGAAAUCAAUAACUUCAAAAUGUAGAAAGUAAACAAUGCAAUUAUUAUAGUUUAAUUUUCUUAGCUGAACACACAUUAUAUAUUUGAAACAACUGUAAAUAUAAAAUGCAUCAAAAUGCAAUCUCCAAAAGGAACAAUCAUGGUGUUAAAAUCCAUUAUAUAAUUUUGUAGCAAAACUUAAUUGAAAUUAAAUAUAGUAUGACCAUCAAUUAUAAUUUGAACUAAUCAAUAUUAUUUUACUUCACGGGUAAAGCUUGCUAACAUAACGCUGGGUUUAUGUUUCAUUUCAUUUGCUUUGAACAAAAUAUCUAGUGAUCGAACAAUCAGUGUGUGGCGUCCUCGUGGAAACCUGGAUUUUGAUUCAUCAGAUAACAACAGUGAAGACCAUCUCUCAUCUAGUAGCUGAGGAUUCCAAACCACUUUCAAGAAAUGUUUUAUUUUUGCCUGACUCACAGUUUUUAUUAUUUGCAUUAAAUUACAAUAAGAGAAUAUUUGGUCAAUAUAAAAAUAAUGAAUGUAGCUUCUAAGAAUGUAAUUCGUACAAAUUGGAAAUUAUUAAAAUUGUAAUUUAGUGAUGUCUAUAAUGUUUGCUUACAAAGUAAAUUGGAUAGCAGAAUAAAGUGUACAAACAUGAAUUUAUAGUUAGACUAGCAUGGCUGAAGGCAUCUCAUUGGAAUAUUCUAAAGCUCUCCCAGUGUUGUGAUGGGAGUUUAUAGACCAAAGACUGAAUGACUGCUGGCAAUAUUAUUACCCAAUUUCUAGUAUAAUUUAUAGGUAUUGAAAAAAUAAAUAAAAAGAACCAAAAAAAUAUAUAUAUUGUACAUUUGCAAAGGGUUAAGGGAAAAAUAUUGGUAUAAAGGUGUUAGUGUGCUUCAAUCAAAAAAUUAUCAAUGUUAACUCAGUUUUGUCAGAAAUCGACCAUAAAUAUUUAAAAUAAUGCCAAUAUAUGUGGCUAAAUAUUUGCUGUCAGCAUUUACCUAUUUGACUGAGAAUUAUUUUUGAGGAGCCACCUUUUUAACAAGGUGUCCAUAGGAAUUCUGUUUACAUUCGUCACUGGGUAUUUUGAUUGGACUGCACACCUUGAAUCCCAAGAAAUGUUUAUAUAAAUUGUCUUUCCAGGCUUUGUUUAGGGUUUAGGAUAAUGUUUACUGAUGACCAAAUUAUUAUUAAUACUGUUUAGAAAUUCAUUAUCAAUUUAUAGCAAAGCUAAACGAAUAUUAAUCAAUCUAUGAUGGCAGAAGCCCUGAUGGGACGUUGAACAAUGUGUCUAUCUUCCCAGUAUCUUUAUAUUAUAUUAUAUUUUGUUAAAGUUUAAUUGUAGUGCCAAUGAAAACAAUAUUGUCAAAAAAACAACUAUACCUAUAUAAAUGAAAUAUGUGGGAAACGGAUGUAAGUUAUCUAUUUAAGUGAUACAUUAAAAUGACAAUCAGUUAGGUUAAUUAUUCUACAUAUUUAUUCAUAUCUAUUGUUAUAAACAUUUGCAUCAUUAUUUUCUGUUACAAUUUUUAAGCAAAAACAGUUAACGUGAAAUAUUAUUUUUUUAAUUUUUUUUUUUAUAGUUUUGUCUUUUGUUCCAAGUAUCUUUAGUGUAACUCCGGUAGGCAGGGUACUGUUCUGCUUUUUUCAUUGUUUCCCUCUUUUUCUAAAUUCAAGUAUUAUUGAGAGUUCAUAUCUUGUUUAUUCAUUUGGGGCAAUAUUAUUGUAUUGAUUUCUUGUUUACAGAUAGAACAAUUUAAUUGAGUUUGUAUAUAGUGAGGAACAGAUAUGUGUUUAUUAGGAUCAUGUCAAGCAAUUGAAAAUAUUUAUGAUCUGGUUUGAGAUGAUAUGCCUAAAGUGCAUUUUGUUAUUUUUUCCACCACAAAAUACCUCAGUUUAUUACUUUGGGAUAGAAGUUCAUUUAAUACAAUUUAUCUAAAAGUAAUUUUGAGGACACAGAAUAGACAUGUGCAUGCAAGUUAAAACCAAUGGCCAGGCAUGUUUUGUUUGUAAUAAAAAUGCAAGCUAGAAAAA